AGCGCUUUCUCUCUGGAACACAGUCAAGAAAUGAUUAGCCCGGGUUUGACGUGUGUAAACAGGGUUAAAGAGCAAAGUACUGACCCUUUGAAACAGAUGAGUUUCAGUGUGUCCGAGUGUCUACAUUCAUAUGGUAUGGAUUAUAAAUUACUUUGAUUUGAAACAGGUUUGAUCUGUGUUGUAGAACAUUCAGUAUGGAGAGUCCACAGGAGACGGUCAUGCGGAUCUCACAGGAGCUUGGCUGUAGCCCCACGUCACGCAGGGCGGCAGAAUAUCUAGACCAACAUGAUGAGAUCGGACACCUGCGACAGGAGUUUCUCAUUCCUAAAAUAUCUGACCUGCCAUCAUCGGAGUUGUCACUGGUGGAUGGUUCUGAAGAUUGUGUUUAUUUCGUGGGCAAUUCUUUGGGUUUACAGCCAAAAAGUGCUAAAAAAUAUAUUGAUGAGGAAUUAGAAAAAUGGGCCAAAACGGGUGUUCAUGGUCACACGGACGGUUCACGGCCUUGGGCCUGGGCUGAAAACGACUUAGAGGGUCUGAUGGCAAAUGUUGUGGGUGCUAAACAAGAGGAAGUGGCUUUGAUGAAUGGAUUGACCGUCAAUUUACAUCUUCUAAUGCUUUCUUUCUAUAAACCGACUCCAAAACGGCACAAAAUUCUUCUGGAGGACCGUGCCUUUCCAUCGGACCACUAUGCCGUGGGAUCUCAGAUUCGUCUGCGAGGGUUCAGUCCUGAUGACAGCAUGCUGCUUAUGAAACCCAGACAGGGUGAAGAGAUCCUAAGAACGGAGGAUAUCCUGUCUGUUAUCGAGCGGGAGGGGGACAGCGUGGCUCUGGUCAUGUUCAGUGCCGUUCAGUAUUACACCGGUCAGUUUUUCGACAUGGAGGCCAUUACAAAAGCAGGACAUGCUAAGGGAUGCUUGGUGGGAUUUGAUUGUGCUCACGCUGUAGGAAACGUAGAGCUGCGACUUCAUGACUGGAACGUGGAUUUUGCCUGCUGGUGCUCCUAUAAGUACGUGAAUUCAGGGGCAGGGGGUUUGGCAGGCGCUUUUAUACAUGAGAAGCACAUGGACACAGUCAGACCAGCGCUGGUGGGCUGGUGGGGACAUGAACUGAAAACCAGAUUCUUGAUGAACAAUGAAUUGAAGCUCCAGUCUGGUGUUAAUGGAUUUCGUCUGUCAAAUCAGCCAAUCUUAUUAGUGUGCCCCCUACAGGCCAGUUUAGAGAUUUUUAACAAGACGAGCAUGAAGGACUUGAGGACGAAGUCUGUGCUUCUGACAGGCUAUCUGGAGUACCUCCUCAAACAUUACUACAGCAAAGAUGAGUCAAACCCAGACAAGGCCUACAUUGAGAUCAUCAGUCCGUCAGAGCCGCAGGAGAGAGGCUGUCAGCUGUCCAUCUGCUUCUCACUGCCCAUCAGACACGUGUUUAAAGAGCUGGAGAAGAGAGGAGUUGCGUGUGAUAUGAGAGAGCCAAACGUGCUGCGGGUCGCUCCUGUCCCUCUGUACAACACCUUCACUGAUGUGUAUCGCUUUAUUACUGUUCUGGGAUCAGCUCUGAGCAACUGUAAUAAACUCCAGCGAAGCUGAGCGCUGAUUCAACUUCUGGACCCCUUUGACAGGAUAUUAAAGUGUUCGGAUAAUCAGCGAUCAGUUGAAUCAGUAGUUGUGUGAAUCAGUGUUUAAAAAUGGCCAGUAAAGAUUCAUCUUCAAUUCACUUUCUAUUUUGUGUCUUUUAAUAGAGAAAUUGUGCGUAUGAUGAGGAUUGCAGGAGAUCAUUUGAAUAUAAAGAAAGACUAAUAAGAGCACAUUGGUGACAUUGAGGUUGUUAACUUUCUUGUGAUGAUCUGGUGACUCAUGUGUUUGUUGUAGAGUUGCACACAUCAUUUUCCUGAGUUGUUCUUAUCCAAUUAGAAGAGAGUUUCUGACAUGUGCUCCACUGACGGAGUGAGUCGCUUUGACUGAUGUCUUUUCCAUUGUUACACAUUGUUGGCAUAUCAAUAUGCAGAUGGUAAAUGGAUGAACCUGAUGAAAUUGUUAAGCAGGGACGCAUCUUAACCUCAAAACUGUUUAAAAAACAACAAGACAUUGAUUCAUUUACAGUGUUUGUUAAAGGAUCAUUUUAUAGCGUGUAACAAUAUUGUGGUAUCAUAAAUGUAAAUGACAGCAUUUUCAUUUUUGGGUGAACUGACUUUUAUUCCUAUCUUGCCCUGUAAGAACCUGGACACAUUGGCCCUUGAAGAAAAAUGAUGGGGGAUGUAAAACACACCAAAUGGGCCAUAAAAUAAAAUAAUAUUUUGUUUUAACAGUGCCUACUACAGUAUAUAUUACAUGUCAGCACAAUGUUUAUGUAACUUAUUUUAUAUAAAUUUGGUCAAAAUGUAAUCAUUUUUUUGCUAACAA